UUGGCUAUUACAACAUUCAUCUGUGGUUAGGCAUUCUUCAUUUCCACAAGUUAGAAACUCAAUAAACAUGGAAGCUUCCUCUUCUGGAUUUGUUAUAUCACCAAUUUCUCAUCACACAGAUAGAAGAGAGCAAUAUCAUGGUUGUGAAUUGGAAAUACCAAUACCAAUAAGGCCUGAUGCUCAGAAGACACAUGUGGACUUUUCAGAGAUUCUUAAUGCAAUACAAGAAAUAGCUAAGGAUGUCAAUAUUAUCUUUGAUGAAUUAGAAGAAAUAACAAACUCUUCCAAAGAUGAUGAGUCUUUGCUUCACCAUGGAAAAUUGACUAGUACUUCAGAUGAUACUAGCAGAUUGGAAUCUAUUGAAGAGGAUAUUCCAGAAAAAAAUAAAUCCGGUGGACUAUACUUCAGAGAUGGUAAAUGUCGCAUUGACUAUAUCUUGGUGUACAGAAAAUCUAACUUGCAAGCAGAGAAAAGAGAAGUAUUUGAAAGAAAUAUUAGAGCAGAAGGACUUCAGAUGGAGAAAGAGUCAUCUUUGUCAAACAGUGAUAUCAUCUUUGUGAAGUUGCAUGCCCCUUGGGAAGUCCUGGGAAAAUUUGCAGAACUUAUGAAUGUAAGAAUGCCUUUCAGGAGAAAAAUCUAUUACCUGCAUCGACGUUACAAGAUCCUGAACAAAAUUGAGAAGCAAUUAAGCAGGUUUCGAGGAUGGUUACCUAGAAAGCCAAUGAGUUUGGACAAGGAAAGGCUGCCAGAUUUGGAAGAAAAUGUCUGCUACACGGCUCCAUUCAGUCAACAAAGGAUUCAUCACUUUAUCAUUCACAAUAAGGACACAUUUUUUAACAAUGCUAUAAGAAGUAGAAUUGUUCAUCAUAUUUUACAAAGAGUGAAAUAUGAAGAAGGAAAAAAUAAAAUUGGUCUCAAUCGGUUGCUUACUAAUGGUUCCUAUGAAGCUGCAUUUCCUCUUCAUGAGGGCAGUUACAAAAGUAAAAAUUCCAUAAGAAGUCAUGGGGCAGAAAACCACAGGCAUCUACUUUAUGAAUGCUGGGCCUCAUGGAGAGCUUGGUAUAAAUACCAACCUUUGGACCUUAUACGACGGUAUUUUGGUGAAAAAAUUGGUUUAUAUUUUGCCUGGUUAGGCUGGUAUACAGGAAUGCUCUUUCCAGCUGCCUUCAUUGGACUGUUUGUCUUUUUAUAUGGAGUAGCCACACUGAAUUACUGCCAAGUCAGUAAAGAAAUCUGCCAUGCUACAGAGAUUAUUAUGUGCCCAAUUUGUGAUAAAUAUUGUCCUUUCGUGAGGUUGUCAGAUAGCUGCAUUUAUGCCAAGGUAUCACAUCUUUUUGACAAUGGAGCAACUGUUUUUUUUGCUGUUUUCAUGGCAGUAUGGGCCACUGUUUUUUUGGAAUUUUGGAAAAGAAGACGAGCAGUAAUUGCUUAUGACUGGGACUUAAUUGACUGGGAAGAAGAGGAGGAAGAAAUACGCCCCCAGUUUGAAGCCAAGUACUCCAAGAAAGAGAGAAUGAAUCCUAUAUCUGGAAAAUCAGAGCCUUAUCAAGCAUUUGCAGAUAAAUGCAGCAGAAUGAUUGUUUCUGCAUCUGGAAUAUUUUUUAUGAUCUGUGUGGUGAUUGCCGCUGUUUUUGGCAUUGUUAUAUAUCGUGUUGUGACUGUCAGCACUUUUGCUGCCUUUAAAUGGGCUUUAAUCAAGAAUAACUCUCAGGUUGCAACAACUGGGACUGCAGUAUGCAUCAACUUUUGCAUCAUCAUGUUGCUGAAUGUUUUGCAUGAAAAGGUUGCUCUUUUUCUGACAAAUUUAGAGCAGCCUCGUACUGAAUCUGAGUGGGAAAACAGCUUCACUUUGAAAAUGUUUCUUUUUCAGUUUGUUAAUCUGAACAGUUCUACCUUUUAUAUAGCAUUUUUCCUUGGAAGGUUUACAGGUCACCCUGGUGCCUACCUCAGGCUGAUAAACAGAUGGAGACUAGAAGAAUGCCACCCUAGUGGAUGCCUUAUUGAUCUCUGUAUGCAGAUGGGUAUUAUAAUGGUGCUAAAGCAGACUUGGAACAACUUCAUGGAAUUAGGCUACCCGAUAAUUCAGAACUGGUGGACCAGACGAAGACUGCGGCAAGAGUAUGGUUCACAGCAAAAAACAACUUUACCACAAUGGGAAAAAGACUAUAACUUGCUACCUUUGAAUGCCUAUGGACUCUUUGAUGAAUACCUCGAAAUGAUUCUCCAGUUUGGAUUCACAACCAUAUUUGUAGCAGCUUUUCCACUUGCUCCACUUCUGGCUUUAUUGAAUAAUAUCAUUGAAAUACGCCUUGAUGCAUAUAAAUUUGUCACCCAGUGGAGACGGCCAUUAGCUUCCAAAGCAAAAGAUAUUGGAAUCUGGUAUGGAAUUCUUGAAGGCAUUGGAAUUCUUUCUGUCAUCACAAAUGCAUUUGUUAUUGCUGUGACUUCAGAUUUCAUCCCACGGCUUGUUUAUGCUUACAAAUAUGGACCAUGUGCUGGUCAAGGAGAGGCUGGACAAAAGUGUAUGGUUGGCUAUGUUAAUGCAAGUUUAUCACUAUUUUUGGUGUCUGAUUUUGAACAUCGUUCAGAGCCAUCAUCAAAUGGAAGUGAGCUUUCUGAUGCAUCUUUAAAAUAUUGCAGGUACAGAGACUAUCGUGAUCCCCCUCAUUCUCCAGUGCCCUAUGGUUACACAUUACAGUUCUGGCAUGUCUUAGCUGCACGAUUGGCAUUUAUUAUUGUUUUUGAGCACCUUGUGUUUUGCAUAAAACACUUGAUUUCCUAUUUAAUCCCAGAUCUUCCUAAAGAUCUAAGGGAUCGUAUGAGAAGAGAAAAAUAUCUGAUUCAGGAAAUGAUGUAUGAAGCUGAACUUGAGCGCCUCCAAAAAGAACAAAAGGAGAGGAAGAAAAAUGGAAAAUCUUACCACAAGGAAUGGCCAUAACUAACGGAAUGAGCAUUUCUAAAUACAGGUGUAAAGUAAAUUCUCUGUAAUUUUUCAAAUAAAUCAAAAGUUCGGAUGGGUAUUUUAUGAGGACGUUGAACAGGGGUACUGAACACAAAUCAGUAACCUGCACGUUUUCCAGUUAGUGUAUUUUCAUUAAAGGAUACAGUAUAACAUACUUAUAUCCAGCUAUGGAUAGGAUUUAGCAAUAUCUUUUUCAGAGCCAUGCAAAGCAUCUGUAGAAGGCAGUUGAUGUUCUUGAAGCAUUAAAGUGGCUCUAUUCUGCAAAAGGAUAAGCAUACUAAAAGUAAUCCUUUUUUUUUUUUUAGAGAAUGCCUCAUUUAGCAACUAUCCAAAGUUAUAAUGGAAAAAGUAACUUUACGACCAGUCCUUGCAUUUAUGACGUUUGCAGGUCUGUAAAGCACAGGAAUGCUGAAACAUAAGCAAUGUUGAAGUUUCACUAAACAACUGCUUUGCGCUUAACUACCGAUUGGCUGGUGCCAAUUGUGAUUACUAAACAAGAAGUACCUGUACUUUGAAGACUUUUUAGUGGCUGCCUGUCCAUCAUGUGUGCAUGCCCAGGCCACACUUAUGCUGGAAAUGCAGGCACCCACACUGGUAGCCAUUUAAAAUCUUUGAAAGAGUAGUUGUGCUUCUUCCAGAGGAAGUGGAUUCUUUAAUAUUUCAAGGAAGAAUUUUCACCAGCAUUACUUCAUGUGGCUCCAGGAUACUGUAUAGAUAUUAGCAUCUCUCUUCUUUUUCUUUGACAUAUAUGUCAUGUUUCUGCCAAGAGUUUUGGGUCUGGAAAUAUGACCAACUCUCCCUGUUUACUGUGUAUGCGUGGAUCUCCUCUUCCAAAGAUAGAGAGGAAGAGGCGAAUGGCAUGCAUACUCAGUAGUAUCUGAUACCUAUCUCCAAGAUACUUAUUUGCAAUCUGAUUAUGUCUCCUAGGCUGCCAAAAAACAAAAAGCUAGAAGAAAAAAACUAGAGAAAUAUAUAUUGCAUUAACUAUCCAGUUUUAAAUUAAAUUGAAACUUAUUUUUUAGCAUUCUAGUAACCAUAUUACAAUCAUAGUACAAGUUUAAGGAUUCAGGAUUAGUUACAUUUAACUAAUACAUUUAAUAUAGAAAAGGCAUAUGCACCCUAAUAAUUUAACUGGAAAAGAAAGAUGGAAAGAAAAACUAUUAACAUAAAAGUUUUAAUGAAAGCUCAGCUGAUUUUUGUUUAUGCUGUGUAGGGCUGGGGAGGUAGCAGACCUAUAUUCUUUUCCUUUUGGCAUUUCCUUGAGAACCCUGUCUUCAGGAAAGUGGAAAUGAUGCAAUGUCAAUUCAUGGGCAAUUUUAAAACAGCA